CGUUAGGUUUGACGCCGGUGCCGCGCUGACCAGUGUGUCUGUCCAGUCUUCAGAGAGCAGGAGCGACGGUGUUCCCCGUGCAGCCUUCCGGCGUGGAGAUUUAUCUUUUGCAGAUAUAAAUACAACACAUACGACCCGGGAUGCCUUCGAAUCAGAACGUUCAAGGCGGCAAAGCCUUCGGCCUGUUAAAGGAGCAGCAGAGGCAGAAGCUGGAGGAGAUAAACAAGGAGUACAUGGAGGACCAGAAAUACAGAGAUGAAGAGGACCUGGCUGACAAAUUGGAAGGAUUCAAAAAUAAAUAUUCCGAGUUUGACCUGAACGACCAGGGGGAGAUCGACCUGAUGGGUCUGAAGAGGAUGAUGGAGAAGCUGGGCGUGCCCAAGACCCACUUGGAGCUAAAGAAGAUGAUCGUGGAGGUGACCGGAGGCAGCAGCAGCAACACCAUCAACUACAGGGACUUUGUCAAGAUGAUGCUGGGCAAGCGCUCGGCCGUGCUCAAGCUGGUCUUGAUCUUCGAGGACAAAGCCAACGGGUCUCCCUGCAAGCCAGCGGGUCCACCUCCAAAGCGGGAUAUCGCUAGCCUGCCUUAAGUCCAGACUACAAACGGAGCAGAGGGACCACCAGCGGCUGCUCGCUUUCAAAGUCUCUGUAGAUGUGGAGUGUUGUUGUUGUCGUGCGGGACCAGUGAGACGGGGUGUUGUUCUUUACAGUGCGUGCGAGGUGACUUUUGUUUGUUCAUGGGAAGGUUGAUGUUUGACUGUGAAUAUGACCAUUCAACUUUAAUCCUUUAAUUAAGAUGUAGCAUCGAUAAUAAUCCGCUUGGUGAACCCUGUAGACUGUGUUUUUAAUAGUUUUCGUUUAAGGGAAGACGCGCUCGGCUUUAGCGGCAUGGUGUUUGGAGGCUUUCGUAGAAGCACAACAACACACAUUCUUCUUUGCACUGUCCUCGGCGGUCUUGCAUGGAUUCCCGCCAGGCUAAUCUUAGUCAGCGUCUCACUUUAGAUCAGGUGCCAGAGAUUACUGACCCACUUCCUCUGGGUCCGUCCUGAGAUACUGAUCAGGUAUCAGUUACUGUCGGUCAUGUGAACUUUUUGUGGUGGGAUGAAACAAAAUGGCUCCAUUUUAGAUCUGUGAGGUGAAGCAGGUUUUGGAAGGAAUCUACGAGCAUCACAAAUGUACAUAAACUCAUCGCAGUACAAUCUUUCCAAGUGCCUCGACGAGCAGAUGCUGUAUAGCCUACACGCAGAUUUAAAAAGGAGUGUUCAAGCGGUUAUUUUAAUAAUUCAUAUAUUCGUUUUCACAACAUUCUGAGCGAUUGAUGAUCACCAGUAGAAGUGAUUUAUUUCUUCUUUUUCCUUUGUAACGUGUAUGUGCUUCCUCUUUUACCAUCUGUCAGUUAUCAAUAUGUGUGUGUGACUCUCUUCUCUUUGUCUGGGAUUCAUUUUUUCAUCCGCAUCUUUUAUUCAUCGUCCCGCUGCGUGUUCUCUAAAAUGAGUUCAUUGUCCUGUGUAACAUUUGAUUUGUGCCUCCGAUUGAAUUCCGCCCCCUGCAGCCGACCCACGCUUAUGACUGUGACAUUGGUACGUGAAGUGUUUGAAGCUGUCAUGAUGACAUUCUUUUAAAUGUUUUGUUUUGUUUACCACUUUUUAAUUUAGUGUUGCCUCUCCAACUGUAACAUGCACAAACACCAAAGGAAUAAAGUUUGUUUUUACACUG